AAACGCAUUCCCGACAACCAAACACAGCCUGGAGUCCUCUGCCAGUGCUGCCACACGCUUACCUAUUGUUUCUCCACGAGGCAGAGGUUAAGCAAACGCACUGCACCAGCGCACGUUAGUUACCAGAGUCACUAUCAUUACCAGUUCUAAAUCUUAUUAAUUAGAGAAAAAAAUUCACAUUAACGUAGUCCCCAUCCUCAAUCACAUAUCACCUUCUCAAAAUCCGAAUUCCAUCUUCUACAGUUUGUUAUCCAGCCAAACCAAGCAGAAGAAAAAAAGGAAAAAAUAAACCAAUCUACCAAUUUUUGGCGCCCAUUUUUCGUCUUGGAAUCCAUUGGUACAGUUCUGAGAUUCUCAAGAAUGAGGCAUAAUAAGGAAGAGCAGUCAUACUGCACUGAACAAGUCAUUGACUUAGUCUCAGCAGUCAAAGGUUUACAUACUCUUAACUCUCAGGAGCUUAAUAAGUUAUUGAGGGACUCUGAAAAUUUUACCCUUCAGUACACUACUGAAAAGGGGCCAUCUUUACAGAUUGAUGCUGAAAAACUUGCGGGGUUUCUUCCUCUGCAUCUCAUCGCAGUGCUUAUAUCAUCUGACAAAGACGAAGCCUUGUUCAAAUAUUUGUUAUGUGGUUUACGACUCUUACAUUCCUUGUGUGAUCUAGCACCUCGGCAGAAUAAACUUGAGCAGAUUUUGCUUGAUGAUGUAAAAGUAUCAGAGCAGCUGCUUGAUCUGGUGUUUGCGUUGCUUAUUGUUCUUGGCAGUUCUAGAGAGGAACAUCAACUUUCAAGUCAUGCACCCCUUUUGCAUUCAGCACUGGUGGCUUGCAGUCUAUAUCUAUUAACGGGAUUUAUUUCCACACAAUGGCAAGAUCUUGGUCAUGUAUUAACUGCACACCCUAAGGUUGACAUAUUUAUGGAUGCAGCUUUUAGAGCAGUCCAUUUAAGUAUCAGGUCUCUCCAAAUCAAGCUAUCAGCUCAAUGUGUUGAUUUCCCAAGCCCUGCUGAACAAGUGGUCAACUCUCUCUGCCAGCAAUGCGAAGCUUCUUUACAGUUUCUUCAGUCUCUGUGCCAACAAAAAAUGUUUCGGGAGCGCCUACUGAAGAAUAAGGAACUAUGUGGAAAAGGUGGCGUUCUUUUGCUGGCUCAAGCCAUCUUGAAGUUGUGCAUCACGCCAUUGUUUAAAGAAUCCUCUACAAUUGUGGCUGCUGUGUCUAGGCUGAAGGCGAAAGUCUUAUCAAUUGUGUUGUGUCUUUGUGAAGCAGAAAGCAUCUCUUAUCUGGAUGAAGUUGCCAGCUAUCCAGGAAGCUUGGAUUUAGCAAAGUCUAUUGCACUAGAGGUUCUUGAGUUAUUGAAGACUGCUUUUGGCGGAGACCAAAAAUAUCUUAGUGGUGGCUCUGAAAAAACUCACCCAACAGGGCUUCUGCAACUCAAUGCAAUGCGUUUAGCCGAUAUCUUCUCUGAUGAUUCAAAUUUUCGAUCUUUCAUUACAGUAUAUUUUACUGAAGUUUUGGCUGCAAUUUUUUCGCUCCCUCAUGGAGAGUUCUUGUCUAGUUGGUGUUCUUCUGAUCUUCCGGUACGAGAAGAAGAUGCUUCCCUGGAGUAUGACCCAUUUGUAGCUGCUGGGUGGGUUUUGGAUUCAUUUUCAUCACCAGACUUACUGAAUUUAAUGUCUUCAGAAUCCACUUUUAUUCAGAAUAACAUGUCCCAGGCUCCCUAUGCGCAUCAGAGAACAUCAUUAUUGGUCAAAGUCAUUGCAAAUCUCCAUUGUUUUGUUCCCAACAUAUGCGAAGAGCAGGAGAAGGACCUCUUCCUUCACAAAUGUCUGGAGUGCUUGCAAAUGGAGCGACCUAGAUUUUCAUUCUCUUCUGAUGCUCAAAAAGCUGCCACCGUCUGCAAGAACCUGCGUUCAUUGUUGGGUCAUGCAGAAUCUUUAAUUCCCCUUUUUUUAAAUGAGGAGGAUGUGCAGCUCUUAAGGGUAUUCUUUAAGGAAAUACAGUCUCUAAUAACUCCUACUGAAUUAGAAGAAAGCAAGCUUGAGGGCUCAAUGUCCUGGGAUAAAUUUUCUAGACUUGAUAUUGGCGAACAUCAUCAGGAGGCACAAAGUACUGGUGGUUGCUCAUCACCCUUGCUGCGAAAAGCAGCUCCAGAUGUAACUAACAGAAGUGCUAACCUUAAAGAGGGAACAUCAGAGAACUCAACUUUGCAAGAAGUGGACCAGUUCUUUGGCAGAAAUAUGGACCAAGCUGAUGAUGUAAUGAGGCAAGAUAGAAGGAAAGAUAAAAAUAAGUUGGGUAGAGCUUUGAGAGAUGGUGAAAAAGAUGUUCAGAAUGUUGAAACAAGUGGGUCAGAUUCAAGCUCCACGAGAGGAAAGAAUUCAACUGAUCAAAUUGACAACAGUGAGUUUCCAAAAUCAAACGAGCAUAUCAAAGCAAGCGGGUCUGGAGGAGUCCAAGAAGAUGAAAAGGUUGAAAUCAUCCCAUCUGAAGAAAAGCAACGAAGAAAACGGAAGCGAACCAUAAUGAAUGAUACACAGAUGACACUAAUUGAGAAGGCCCUUGUGGAUGAACCUGACAUGCAGCGAAAUGCUGCUUUAAUUCAAUCAUGGGCUGAUAAACUGAGCUUUCAUGGUCCUGAGCUUACAGCUUCCCAGCUGAAAAAUUGGUUAAAUAAUCGAAAAGCGAGGCUAGCUCGCGCAGCCAAGGAUGUCCGUGUAGCAUCAGAGGUGGAUAGUACUUUUCCUGACAAGCAAGUUGGAUCAGGAGUAGGGUCUCUCCAUGAUUCUCCCGAGAGUCCUGGUGAGGACUUUUUUGCACCAUCAACUGCAAGAGGAGGAACUCACCAGAGCACAAUUGGAGGAAGCGUGUCAAGAGCUGGUGCUGACAAUGCGGAGGCUGCAACUGCAGAAUUUGUUGAUAUUACCCCUGCAGAAUUUGUGCGGCGUGAGCCAGGUCAGUAUGUUGUACUCUUGGAUGGGCAAGGAGACAACAUUGGCAAAGGAAAGGUACAUCAGGUGCAAGGUAAAUGGUAUGGAAAGAACUUGGAGGAAUCACAGACUUGUGUGGUGGAUGUAAUGGAGCUCAAGGCUGACAGGUGGUCAAGGCUUCCACACCCAUCUGAAACCACAGGCACCUCAUUUGAUGAGGCAGAAACUAAGCUUGGGGUAAUGAGAGUCUCGUGGGAUUCAAACAAACUUCUCAUUUUGCGGUCUAAGUGAAUCAGUAAGCAACCCCAUUUGAAGGGCUCUGAUAAGAGUUUUUUUGUUACCUGCAAGCUGUGAAUUCUCUUCGGUAUAGCUCAAAGAUCAUAUUUUAGGCAGAAACCAGGAACAGUUGGUUUGAGAUUUUCUUUCCUCAUCACGGUUGUUCCCAUAUCUUUUGUAGGAGUUACUCUUUUUUGUUUAGAAUCUGUAUGUACGAGUAAAGUAGGAUACUUCAUCAAACAUUUGGUGGAUGGGUUGCUCCAGAGCCAUUUCCUGUUCUAACCUUUUGUAAUCCUAAUUUCUCAGUCAUAAUUUCUGGAAAUCUGAGUAAAAUGUAGUCCUUGUGUUGAUA